AUGCAGAAUUGGGGGAUUCCGGCAUUCGGGAAGGGCAACACGCAGCCGCCGCCGGCCUACGGCAAAGCGAGCCCUGAACUCGCCCAAGCCUCUGGUCCAUAUGGAGAUAAGGCAAAGCCAGAGCUGAAGCCAGGAGACUGGAUUUGUCCACAGUGCGGAGAUCACCAGUUUGCCCGGAAUUGGUUCUGCAAGAUGUGUGCACGCAGCGGUGGUGGCAAUGACCCAAUGGCUGCAAUGAUGGCCAUGAUGAUGGCCGGUGGCUUCUCUGGUGGCAAGGGCAACCAAGUCAAAGGGGACCCUCAGUUCUUGGUGUAUGUAGCCAACAUUGAUUGGAAGGCACAAUGGCAAGACCUGAAAGAUCACAUGAAGCAAGCAGGGACUGUGCAGUUUUGUUCCAUCCUGACAGAAGAUGGGACCGACUGGGGCAGGUCAAAGGGCAUGGCGUGCGUGCGGUACGCAACAGUUGAAGAGGCAGCAAACGCCGUAGCGACCCUCAAUGGAUCUGAGUUCAAAGGUCGGCCCCUAAAAGUGGACCAUUGGACGGGCAAGACGGCAAGCGCGUGA